AUGGGGGCCGGCGCACGUGGUGACGAGCUCGGAGUGGUCCUCCCCCUGCCCCCUCGAUCUUCGCAGCCCACGCUGGCCUGGCAAGGCUUCGUCCGGACGGGCCUCCUGCGGCCUCGGCCCCGGCCCCUCCUGGCCAGCGGCCUCCGCGCAGCCCAGAGCACCGGCCAGGCGGACGGGGUCCCAGGUGCUGCCGUCGGAGGAAGAGGCUACUACCCAGGAGCGGCUGGCCUCGGAGGGCUGGGGGGACUUGGAGCGGGACUUGGUGGCGGAGGACUUGUUCUUGGAGCAAAACCCCCCAAGCCAGGGGUCGGAGGGACCGGAGCGCUUGGUGGCCUCUAUCCAGGAGGAGCCUACCCAGGUGGGGCCUACCCCGGCGGGGCCUAUCCAGGGGUUGGAAGCGCCGCCUCUGCGGCCGCAUAUAAAGCUGCUGCCAAAGCAGCUGCUGGUGUUGGCGUCCCCGGUGGCGGUGUAGGUGUUGGCGUCCCCGGUGGCGGUGUAGGUGUUGGCAUCCCCGGUGGCGGUGUAGGUGUUGGCGUCCCCGGUGGCGGUGUAGGUGUUGGUGUCCCCGGCGGCGGUGUCGGCGUUGUACCUGGAGGCGCAGUUGUGCCACAGACAGGGCUGCAGCCAGGAGCUGGCGCUGGAGCCAAACCAGGCAAAAUCCCAGGGGUCGGGAUUCCCGGAGUCUUCCCUGGAGGCAUCCUCCCCGGCACAGGGAUACGUUACCCUGGGGUUGGGGUUUUACCAGGUGUGCCAACUGGAACCGGUGUCAAGCCAAAAGCCCCAGCAGCAGGAGGUGCCUUUGCAGGGAUCCCUGGAUUUGGAGGCGGCUUCGGUGGACAGCAGCCCGGGCUGCCUCUGGGCUACCCCAUAAAAGCACCCAAACUCCCAGGUAAUUAUUAUGGGCUGUCCUACGGCGCUGGGAAACUCCCCUAUGUCAGUGGGCUGAGCGCUGCUUACGGCGGAGGGAAGGCUGGCUACCCGACGGGCACAGGUGUGGGGCCACAGGCCGCUGCCGCAAAAGCAGCCGCAAAAUAUGGAGCCGGGAUUGUGCCAGGGACAGGGGGGAUCCCAGGCACCGGCACGCUCGGAGGAGGACUGGUGCCCGGUGCUGGCGGUAUUCCCGGAGUGACAGGCGGAGGUGGUCCUGCAGCGGCCGCGGCAGCAGCAGCAGCAGCCAAAGCGGCAGCCAAAGCGGCAGCAUACGGCGCCGGAGCUGUUCCCGGGACGGGCAUCGGCGGUGCCGGGGUCCCAGGUGUGGCCCCCGGGGUCAGCGGCCUGCCUGGCAUCGCUCCCGGGAUUGGAGCAGGCCUUGGAGGACCCGGAGCCGGAGCGGUGAGUCCGGCGGCGGCGGCGGCUGCAGCUGCAAAAGCAGCAAAAUAUGGACUGCUCCCGCGUGGCAUCGGAGGCGUUCCAGGUGGGGCUGGCGUCGGAGGCGUUCCAGGUGUCGUCGGAGUCGGCCCAGGUGGCGUUGGUGUUGGAGGCGGCCUUGGCGUUGGAGCUGGGGGCAUCCCAGGUGGCAUCGGCCUUCCAGCUAUCCCAGGACCUGGGAGUGCGGCGGCGGCCGCGAAGGCGGCGGCGAAGGCGGCAGCCUAUGGGACUGGAGUGGCCCCUGGCUACGGGCCACUUGCUUUGGUGCCCAUCUCCAGAGGGGUAGGACCCGGGGGAGUCGCACCUGGGGGAGUCGCACCGGGGGGAGUCGCACCCCGAGGCGUUGGACUUAGCCAGAUAGCUCCAGGAGGCGCAGCAGCAGCGGCCUCUGCAGCAAAAGCAGCCAUGAAGGCGGCGAAAUACGGUGCGAGGGGCCUGGGGCAGGCCGCCGGCACCGGUGUCGGGCUCGGUAUCGUUACCGGAAUCGGGCUAGGAGGCGGCGGAGCCGGUGUAGGGCCCGGCUCCGUCCCAGCAGCCGCGGCAGCCAAAGCAGCGGCAAAGGCAGCCAAGUACGGGGCUGCAGGAGGUGGAGUCGUGCCGGGAGGUGGAGUCGUGCCGGGAGGCGGAGUCUUGCCGGGAGGCGGAGUCGUGCCGGGAGGUGGAGUCGUGCCCGGUGGCGGAGUUGUGCCCGGUGGCGGAGUCGUGCCCGGUGGCGGAGUCGUGCCCGGUGCAGGAAUCCCCCAGAUUGGAGUGUACCCGGGGGCCAAGCCGCCUAAAUAUGGAGUCCCAGGAGCUGGUCUGGGCGGUGCCGGUGUGCCGGGCCUCGGAGGUGGUGCAGGAGGAGGAUUUGGCACCCCUGGAGUGGCAGGACCCAGCUAUGGUGGCCUGGGGGCCGGAGGGCUGGCACCUGGGCUGCAGUAUCCCGGGGCUGGUGGCAAACCCCCCAAACCAGGUUUCGGGGUCGGCGGUCCCCUAGUGGCGGGCAGCCAAGGCUUCGGAUACUCCCCCAUCUUCCCAGGUGCAGGAGCUGGCGGCCUUGGGGAAGCAUCUGCCAAGGCCUACAAAGCACUGGGCUACAGAGGUAGCAUCGGACGCAAGCGGAAAUAGCUUGGACAGACUGCACACUACUCACCUCAUGAACUUUGGUGCUACUGCCUGGUCUCGAAUGUACAUCCCCCCCCACUCUGAGAAAAGCGGAAAUUUCACCACCACCACCACCACCACCACCACCACCACCGCUGCCACCGCCGCCGUUGUGUGCCUCCCCCGCACCCGCAACCAGCCCCCCUCCCACUCACUGGUGCUACACAGCCACCCUGCAGGGAGCCCCCCUUCUGCUCCCUGGGGGGCCUUCGGUGCUGCAGCCAUGGUGGGCUGCUCUGGGAGGGGGCACUGCCCUAGCACUUUAACCCGCUCCUGAACCCUGUGCCCUCGGGCUGGGGUCAGCAGCCGCCGGCCAGUCAGCCCAGCUUCCUCUCAACUCCGUCCCCGCGGGCCCGCACGCCUCCGUGUGGGGCCGCCGGCCGGCACCAGCCCCCUACUGGGGGGCUCCUCUGCGCCCCCAGCACGCUGCCCACGGACAGGGCCGGAGCGGGCAGAGCGGGCAAGCCGCCAACCCUGGGGGACUGGCCCACAUCCAGCGUCCACCGCCAGGCCGGGGCAGAUCAGCACACGUGGCCAGGCCGUCUCCACCUCGCGACCCGAGUGAAUGGGGCACCCGGGAAGCCUGCCCACCACCAGCAGGCCGUGCGCAACAUCUUCAUGUUUAAUCACUUCGAUGUAACUGGGAUGGGACACUUUUUUUAUAAAGGAGAACAUAACUACUUUCCAAAAAAAUUAAAAUUUUUACUUUAAUAAAACCCUAAUAAGAUAAAACCUGACUAAUAAAUAACUUUUUAAAGGAA